AGGUGGGAUUAAUUUAAAACACAUAAUUGUGUCGCCAAAAAAUUAAAAUGGACAAACGAUGUAUAAUCGUUUCUUUUCCUUUGUCGUUAUGGCCAAAGAUCCUGAAAUAUGAACAAUUCAUAAAGAAAUGGACAGAUACCAACCCUCUUCCAUUUCAAAAAUUUAAAUACAAAUGGGGAGCUAAGGUAUUACAACAGGAAAGAAACCCGGGAAUUUGGGGUGAGGACUGGGAAGCCAGGUGAGAUAAUGGCGGCGCACUUGGAGUUCAGCUCUGGACGCGGGAGGGGGAGAUUAUAACGAGAGCGGAAAAUAUGAGUGAUUACACACCAAUAUAUUUUUGGAAGAGGAGAGUCGUAUUUAUAAUCCCGAGAUGUAGGGGCGCAGAUAUUGAGCUCGAAAAUUUGGGGAGGGGGGGUUGGGGAGAGCAUUGGACGCUGAUUUCCCGCCUUGUUCAACGGGACGCUUCCGAAGCGCCUCCCUUUAGUGGCUGGGGGAACGGAGGGAAGCCGUCUCCGCGGAGAGGAGCCACCUUAAGGCGGGGAAGCGGGGGUGGCGCGGCCGGGAGGGAGCCGGGGAGGCGGAGCGGAGGCUGGGGAGGAGCUGAGGCCUGCAGUAGAGCCGCAGCCUGGAGCACCCGCAGCAAGCAGCAGCAGCAGCAGGAGGAGGAGCGGGGUCGGGGCCUGCAGAAGAGCUGCCGCGCCGCAUAGCCAUCGUCCCCCGCCGCCUCGCACCGCGCCGGAGUUCGGAGAGCCUCCCCGGAGCAGCCGAAACCCAUUCAGCAGCAAGCGGCGGCAGCGGCGGAGAGCGCCCAGGCCCAGGAGCCGCGGCCUCCAGUGGCAGCCGGGUCAGGAGGAGAGCGCCCCCCCACACACACACGCACACUCUCUCUCUCUUCCCCCUCCUCCCCGGUCCAGGGAGAAGAAGACUGCCCAAUCCCGCCCCAAGAUUGUGCUCUCCCGUUAGGGGCAAGAGUCCUCCCUCCCAGCACACGGCUGGCGCGAACAGGGAGCCCCGCUAUUACCCUCUGCCCACUUUCCUGUAAAGGCAGGUUCUUAAAUUCCGUGCCCUCCCCCCGCCCCAUUUGCCAAGGGCAGAUACGCACAACUAGGCCUUGCCUGGUCAGUGGUGCGCUCCCACAAGUUUUGUCCUGUCUUAAUCCAGGAGGGAUACCUAGGAUUUAAAGGCCGCUCAGAAUAAUGGAAGGCAGAGAAGACCCGGUCGUAAAAGAGAGAUUAUAGUGGCCACUACAGUGAAGACUCCCCAUCCUCCUUAAAAAAAGAAGAAGAAGAAAAAAGACUUAGACCAAAAUUAUCCAGUAAUUGGCACUUAGCUGACAUCUCGCCAAUAUUCUACAAGGACACAAAUUAAUUCCACUCCCUUGCUAGUACCAUUCAGACUAUACGUAUUUUCUCUUGGUCAAGUGGGGGGCAUUUCUCCCUCUAGAAAAGCCCCCUACUUAAAUAAAUUGUAUUCAAAUAUAAAUUAUAAAGGGGAAAGAUACGUUUCACAGGCAGCCUGAAAGGAGAAAGAAAAUAAUACCACGCAGCUGUCAAAGGGAGGAAACUUCAACAGCAAAAAACCGAAAGCCCUCUUUGGAAAAUAAAAAAAAGACACUUACCCCCCAAAAUGUCAAAGAAGAGGUGUGUUUGCUGCAGAGAAUAAGGAACUCCUAAAUACAGAAGAAGGAAAGAGUUGUUUCCAUUAUAGCUAGUCAACAAGUGGAGGGAAGAACAGAAGUGACAUCUCCUAAGUCUGUAGUUUAAGGGUCUGGCAACCCAAAGCUGAUCUUUCUACCUCUCACUGUCAUUCACAAGUCGCUGAUAGGGGAGAACUCGGAAAAACCCACAGCAGCAACGCUUUGAGCAUGGGGCCUACUUGCAGAGUGUGAAGGACGACAUCUCUUAAAAAAAAAAAAUCCAGACAUACCCACUGCAGAAAAUCUUACCCAGAUACCUCUGCCUCCAGCACCAUGGCCUCAGACUUGGAAAGCAGCCUCACUUCCAUUGAUUGGCUCCCACAGCUCACCCUUCGAGCCACUAUUGAGAAACUAGGGGGUUCUUCCCAAUCUGGGCCCCCAGGGUCUGGCCGGAAGUGUCCUCCUGGCUCUCCUACGGACCCCAAUGCCACCUUGAGCAAGGACGAUGCUGCAGUACACCAGGAUGGGAAGCCACGCUACAGCUAUGCCACUCUGAUCACGUAUGCUAUCAACUCAUCACCAGCCAAGAAGAUGACCCUCAGUGAGAUCUAUCGCUGGAUUUGUGACAACUUUCCCUACUAUAAGAAUGCUGGCAUUGGGUGGAAGAAUUCCAUUCGUCAUAAUCUUUCUCUGAAUAAAUGUUUUCGAAAAGUGCCUCGCCCUCGGGAUGACCCUGGAAAGGGUUCUUACUGGACAAUAGAUACCUGUCCUGAUAUCUCCCGGAAGAGGAGGCACCCACCAGAUGAUGAUGUGUUAUCCCAAGAUUCCCCCGAGCAAGAGGCAAGCAAGAGCCCAAGGGGACCUGUCCCUGUCAGUGCAGAAGCAUCACUGUCCCCAGAGUCCACCCCACAGCUGUCAUUGCAAAGUACACCACCUAUAAGCAACUAUAGUCAGGGGGCAGGGCCUGUGGAUGUGGCAGCCACUGUUGCUGGAGGGCAGGGCCGUGAAGGGACAGAUGUGCCACCCCCACACUACAGCACCAGCCAUGACUUGAAAUUCUCCUAUUCGGAGAUCAACUUCCAGGACUUGAGCUGGUCCUUCCGGAAUCUCUAUAAAUCCAUGCUCGAGAAAUCCUCCUCCUCCCAGCAUGAUUUCUCUUCUCUCCUGGGUGACAUGCAGCCCUCCAACCACAAUUACUACAUGUAUCACCAGCAGCAGCAGCUGCCCUCCUCUAUAGGAGCUGCACCUCCACUCCACACGUCAACCUCAGAAGGCUGUCCAUCCCAGGGCAGCAAGCAGCAAGGAGGUGACGGCUAUGGUCCCCCACCUGUGAUGUCCAUUCACCCCUCCUCAAUGCAGCAUGGAGGAUAUCACCAACAUCCACAGCACCAUCCGCACUCCCAUUCACAGCAGCAGCAGCAACAACAGCAACAACAACCACAGGCUCCCAUCAAUAAUGCUAGCUUUGCAUUCUCCUCUGACUGGUGCUCCAACAUUGAUUCCCUGAAAGAAAGUUUCAAGAUGGUGAAUCGACUGAACUGGUCUAGCAUUGAACACUCCCAGUUCUCAGAGUUGAUGGAGAGUCUGCGCCAGGCUGAGCGUAAGAACUGGACCCUAGAUCAGCACCACAUUGCCAACCUAUGUGACUCCCUCAAUCACUUUCUCACCCAGACCGGUCAGCUCCCUCACCUGGGAGGUCCCCAGCAGCCUCCCCGAAUCUCCGAGUCCUGUGCCAUGAAUAGUGGCAAACAAGAGCAGCCCAUGAACCAAGUGAACUCCUACGGUCAGCCACAACCUCCCCAUAUCUACUCUGGGCCAUCUCCAAUGUACCAGAUUUCCACCCAGGACUCACCAGGGUAUAAUCGUCAAGGUCAUCAUCUGGUUCCACGGCCGCCUCCGGGUGCCAAUGAGGAAAUCCCUGAUGAUUUCAACUGGGAUUUGAUCACCUAGCAAGUUACAGACUUGAUAGCAUCUCCCUCGUGUAGGGUUUGGGAAGGGGAGCCUGGGGUUCCGGUCAUAAGACCAGCACCUUCAGCCUCUUUGCCUUGCCUGUAUAUAGAUAUAUAUUCUCUACUUCCGCCAGAGAAGCUGCCGCAAGAUGCUGCCGAAGAUAAUCCUUCCUUUUACCUUCUUUUCUUCUUCUUUAUUAUUAUUAUUAUCAUCAUCAUCAGCAAUUAUUGUGCACAGCACUUACGCUCCAUCACCAGCCUUGGAUUUUACGUGUUUACUGGCACCCUGCUUGGGAUGGAGGGUAGGAAGACUGUUUUCUGGUGUCAUGAGAAGACCUCAGAAGGAGGAAUUCUUGAGGGCAUCUUACUCUUCCUCCGUCACUUGCGUUUAACAAUCCCUCUUUCCCGCCAAGGUGGCCAGUGACUGUUUUAUUGGCUGCGAGAGUGAGAGAGCCCCGUGGAUCUUGAGAGUCUGUAAUAAUUAUGUUCUUUCUUAAAUGUUGUAAAGGGGGGAGGGGGGAGGGCAGGGCAGGGCAGGGAUAGACUGGUGUUGAAAGGUGGUCUUAGGUCUGCGAACUUUCUCACACCAGCAGAGGCAGCAAGAGAAGCAGGGAAAUGCCAGGUGCCAAGCAUGGAGGGCUUUGGGCAUGGGAAAUAGCUGGAAUUGCAGCUUGACAGAAAGAGGCAGGCCCUGAGUUGAAAGUGAGGACUUCUCUAUAGUUGAACAUUACGGUGAGGAGUCUGCUGCCAGUAGAGACUGAGUGUCUUGGAAAGACAAAGGGGGCCUUUACCUUUUUUCUACACUGCCUUUUUCAAUCACUGCCAUUUUGCACGUAUCCCCCUUGGCAGACAAAGAAAGCUUGAUCAGUGUGGCUUGUGUCCACAUCAUGUAGGUCGAGUGCCAGCAUGGAACCAGGCUCCUCAGGGCUUGUCACGUCACAGUUUUUUCUCCGGUUGCCUUCUAUCAUAAUGCAGCAAGGUUCUCAUCUGAAUAUGCUGAUAAGACAUGCAAAUCAAGAAGUGCUCCUCUCCUCUGCAAGGUUUUUUGUUUGUUUGUUUUUUUAAGUUCUGAAUUUUAUUUCCCCUCAAAUUUUCUGAAAAGUAUUGUGGCUUGUGAUGUGAGGGUGGAAGCUGAAGAAGUCUCGUCUGCCUUCUAUAAAUAAGUAAUUGACGCUUCCUGUUUUGUGAUGGGACUAAAGUGAAUAGAGGAAUGUAGUGCCAAGCAGAGUUUGGUGGUUGCAGGCUUUAAAGCCCUCCCAUUAAGUGGCGCCUCGCUGCAGACAAUCUAUGGAGCAGAUCCUGGAAGUGCAUAUCUGGGAGGGCAGGUUGGAGGGGGCCCUUCCCGUUUAGGUGGCUACAGGGAGAGUAGAAGUUCAACCACCUGGCUGCCCUUAGAAGGCAAGGAAGAGCAAUGAGGUCAAAGUAGGAUUUGAAUGUUGAACUGGGUCCAGCUCAGUGGCCCCUCCUCACUGCUUUCUUUUCAGCAUCUAGCAUGACCCUCUUCUGCCAGACCUCUUGCUAGUCUGAAUACUCUUCCAACUGCAAGCCUGCUUUGUGUGAGGGGGAAACCAAGUUGGAAGCAAAAACAUCAUGGGGAUAUGAUAUGCUGUGCCAGGGGUGGGAAGGUUCUUUAAGCAUUGCUUUGAACUUGCUGUUUCAUUGAAUUUUGGAGGGGGGGGAGACUUCUUGGGGGUGGGGAAGGGUCAUCGUUGUAUGUUCUGAGAGGAGUGGAGAAUCCCUGAGCUGAAUUUGUGGAGGAGUGUUAAUGGUUGUCUGCAUUGUCCCAAGAUGAGAAUGCUGUGACCAGGAGGUUCUUGUUGGUGAGGAUCUGUGGAACAUAAUGUAGGGAUGGCUUGCCCUCCAGACACCAAUCAGUGCUUUUUACAAGAUAUUUCUGAAGAAAAUAUCCAGAGAAGGGUCACUUGGCCUUUCGGAGAACCCUGAGGGGAGGGGGGAGGGGUACAAGAUCACUCCUUUAUAUAUAUUCAAAGGCUCCUCAUUCACAUAGUCAGUUGCGCCUUGUUUGCAUAUGUAAAUAUACACCAGUCAGUGUGCAAAUUAGCCUCAUUCUCCCUUUGCCUCUGAAUUAACUGCAUCAUUCUUGAGUGGGUUAGUAUUUGGAUUGCACACAUGGAGUCGUAGACUCAGCACUGGAAUUCUGCACUGUGAGCAGCUGACACAGCCUGUCCAGGAACAAGGGUCAGCAUAGUGGGCUGGCCGGCCAGCCUGCCUGCCUGCCAAGGAGAAGAAUCCCUCGUCGGCCCACCCGCUGCAGUGCAACACACAAUGCUUUACGUCAAGGAGAUGGGAGAGGGGUGUGGCCUCACAAAUUUAUUUUUCUGCAUGCUUUCUUAAUUAAAAAAGUGAAUGUUCAUGGUUUAACCCUU